GGCGCUGCGCCCGGGGAGCAGGAGCUUGGAGAUGGAGGCUGGCGGCAGAGCUGCAGCAGGCAUUUACCCAGUGGAUGUUUUGGAAGAUGACCCUGUGGGGUAUCGGGAAGUGGCUCUGGCUUACUCUGCCUCACUUGGGGAAGGAGCACGGCCCUCACCAGAGGUUUUCUCGCUUCCCACUGGGGAGCAGGUGAAACUUGAUGCGUCAUCUGUUCGCUUUUGCACUGUGCACCGUGAUGAACCUCGGCAUAAAAUCUUGGUCUUGGUUAAUCCCCAGGACACAAAGACAGUUGUGGCUGUUUACAUGAAGGGGUCUUGGUGGACCACCGAGGAUGUCCUAAGAACCUCUGAUCCUGCCAGAGAAGGUCUGAUGAAGGUUCAGUCAUUUGGGGAAAGGAUUGUGCUUUUCAUUCUGAAUGUCGUUAUUUUUGGAAGAUUGGAGAGGAAUUUGGAUGAUGAUGACAUGUUUUUUUUACCUCACUCCGUGAAGGAGGAGGCUAAAAUUCUGUGGAGAGAUGGAGCAGCUGUUGGAUUUUACACAAUCAAAAUGAAAGGCAGCCUGUGUGGUGAUGGCACAAGUGCGUGCUACCUGCUGCCUGUCUUUGACACUGUGUUCGUCAGGAGGAGCCACCGCCGCCAGGGUCUGGGCCUGGCCAUGCUGCAGGACUUCUGCCAGACCUUCCGAGAGGAUGAGGCCCUGGGCAUCAGCUGGCCCAUCUCCCCUGCCAUGUACCAAGUCUGCAGGAAGCUCCUGGCAGCCCAUCCGGAGGAUCGGGGGCGCCUGUGGGAGGUGGAGCCCCCAGGAGCCUGGGGCCAGCGAGGCAACAUCUGGUUGAAGGUUCAGCUUCAACAGUCAAGACGUCCAGAUUUUCAUCUGGAAAACCCCACGAAGGAUGUGACCAGUCAUGGGCAGACUUCUCAAGACGAUGGACCCAGACGGUCCACUAUUGGAGAAGACGACCAGGAGAGGAUCAGUGGAGAAGAACUGGAGAAUGAUGGAGAUAGUGCCAGGAAAGAAGCUAUGGGGUGGCUCAAGAGAGCCCGCUGGGCUGAGCUGGAAGGAAUGGAAGCUAAGAGGACAGCGGAGGAUGCUGGGUUGCCCGGGCGGUCUUGGCGAAAGCACACGCGGCCCAGCUCCUAACCCCUGACUCGCAGAGGCCCAGCUGAGUCUGUUGAGUGCCCACCUGGACCCACAGGGAUGUGGGUUCGAGAGCUGCCUGUCACUCCACGCUCCUGUGGCCUGGAGCUGGCCUCUGUCCUUGCCGUGUCCUUGAAGGAGCAAAUGACUGCACAGACCACCCUCUCUACCUCAGGCUGGGUGUGUGGGCUCAGGCAAUGGGAAUUCUGAGAAAGUAGUUCAUGUAAUCCCAACAUGCUGGGAAUCACUUUCCCAAGCUCAGAUUUCAGAAGCCCAUUCCUUAAACCUAAUACAGUUUCUAUUACUCAGGGUUGGAUUUGUCAAGACUGCACUGGAGGAGUUCCCAUCAUGGCUCAGUGGUUAAUGAACCCGACUAGCAUCCAUGAGGCCUCUCUCAGUGGG